ACAGGUGUGUGUUCCGCUGUCGCGGCCAAGAAAACCACGAGAUAGGACAGGACAGAACAGGACUUCAUCUCUCUCUCUCUCUCUCUCCCCAUUUACUAACAUAAGAACAAAAAAGAAUGCUUUUUGACAGUUCGAAUUCAUCGUCGCGGAAAAGCAAGACGUAGGAGAGGAAGAUGAGCUACCAGAGAGCUCCUCAGGAACCUUACCCGCCACCAGGGUACCCAUCUGCCUCUCCUCCCCACCAUCCGCCGCCGAAUUCCCCCUCGGCUCCCCCGCCGCUCGAGGCCUAUCCGUGCCCUCCGACGACGGGGCCGCCGCCGCCUCAACCUCCCUUCGAGGGGUAUCAGCGGUAUUUCGCCGGAGGGCACCCUCCGCAGCCGCCGUCGCCUCCUCGUUACCACAAUGACCACCGUGAUGAUCACCGCGAUAAUGAUCAGCCGGGUUGCGCUCCCUUCUUGCAUUGCUGCUGGGCUGCGCUCUGCUGCUGCUGUAUGUUGGAGGAAUGCUGCUGCUGUAUGAUGGAGGAAUGCUGCUGCUUUCUUCGCUGAAGACAGAUCAGUUGUAAUGUUCGACACACUGCCCAUGGAUUGCCAUUAUUGAAGAAUGUUGGUGAAUCUGGUAUAUCUUAGUUGUAUCUGUCUGCUGAGAAAGAAACGGUGUUUCAUGCUUAUUCGCCGGCUGAAUUAAGUGGAGUGUUUCCGUCAAUGUACAUGAGAAAGAUUUUUUCUGUAAACUAUGUACGGGAUAGUCUCGACGCGGUUGCUUAAUUUCUUGACUCGUUUCUGCUCAAAUGAGCAGUGUGGUUUGGUCAU